GUAAAAGUUAAUGACGGUUGACAUUGGAAAGGUUGUACUUUUUACAUCGCUUCCACCGAUUUAACUGAAGGUGUGUCAGAUACUUCAGACAAAGAGUAAGAAGGAAGGACUCAAUCUGCCCAUGGAACUAGCAAGGCGUAUCGCUGACAAGAGCAACCGUAACCUGUGCCGGGCUCUUCUGUUGUGUGAGACAUGCAGGGUCCAACAGUACCCGUUCAGUGGGGACCAGACGGUCAGUGAGCCAGACUGGGAGGUCUACCUGAGAGAGACAGCCCACAUGAUAGUCCAGCAGCAGAGCCCCAAGAGACUGUUUGAGGUUCGAGGCAGGCUGUAUGAGCUGUUGACACACUGCAUACUUGCCGACGUCAUUAUGAAGGGUCUUCUGCAGAACGUGAUCAACAAUUGUGACGGGGAGUUGAAGACAGAGGUGAUCCAAACAGCAGCCUACUAAGACCACCGGCUGCAAAUGGGGCAGAAGGCCAUAUACCACCUGGAGGCUUUUGUCGCAAAGUUUAUGGCUAUU